CAUGUGCAGUCAUUGGCUGCGCAGGCCGGCCUGCCCAUGGCAUGAGGGAAUCUUUCUCCAGUGUGCCCCGAUGAGGGGCAUGUAGCAGAGCAAAUCCAAUGGAAAUUGGCCAAAAGUUGUAUAUACAAAAACACAUAAUCUGCUUUACUUUCCUGCUCGGCUCUACGUAAUCGUCUUCCACAACAGCCAAUUGCUUAAGUUGUACUCGUGAUAAUGUUUACGCGAUCAUUUCCUCAGCGACUCCGUAUCCGUGCGAUCCAGGAAUCCAGUUCCAGGGUUUAAGCGCAGCCCCUCUCUCACAUCUCAGCUCGGCUCGCACAGAGAGAAAGAUCCUCAGCCGCGGGCCGCUCUCUCUCCGGCUGGAACGGGACUCAACAACCCCGAAGAAGACGCGCAAAGGACUGAAAUAAAUAAAGAGGACUGCUUUUGCUUGUUGAUUUUUCUCGCGUUGCUUUUUUGCUCUUUUUUCAUUAGUUGCCUUGCGAACUGCUCCGCGUCCCCCCCUCUCUAUCUCCUCCAGCAGGACAGACGGACUCUUUCACCGUUCGCGCAUCUCUUCAUCCCUGCGCGGCGGAGCGCAGGACUGAGCGCCGGUCUGCGGGAAUGUGAGCGCUCACGCUGAGAAAAAGGCUCGGAUGAGCGGAGCAUGAGUGCGUUGUGCGCUGAGACGCGCUGCUCCUGUUCGAAGUCCUGCUUGCAAUUGCCUCAACUGAUUAAUUAACUUUCCGUCUGAAAACUAUCCGCUCACUCACAAAAGGCUCGGAGGUCAAUGAUGGUUAUCUCUCAGAGUGACUUCACCGGAUCGUUGUGACUACAGUGAUUUCGACCCAGACAUGUGGAAAGCGGAGAGUCCAGUCAGAGCCAGGAUGGGAUGUUCAGAAUGGAAGUAUUUGGUCCUCUGCGGCCUGGUGUUCGUCUUGACGGUUGUACAGAGUUCUGACGGGUUCAGCCGGGCAGCCAUGCCGUUUGGUCUGGUGAGGCGGGAGCUGUCUUGCGAGGGUUACCCCAUCGACCUCCGCUGUCCAGGAAGUGAUGUCAUCAUGAUCGAGAGUGCCAAUUACGGCCGGACAGACGACAAGAUCUGCGAUGCUGACCCCUUUCAAAUGGAGAACAUCAACUGUUAUCUGCCCGAUGCAUUCAAGAUCAUGUCUCAAAGGUGUAACAACAGAACGCAGUGCAUCGUCAUCACUGGACCAGAUGUUUUUCCUUUAAAAAAAAAAAAAGAUUUGGCCAGCGUUACGCCAACUAAUAAACAGACCAAAGAUGUUUUUCUUUUUGUUUGUCCCGGAACUCUGAAAGCGGUUGGAGAUCCGUCGUUUCUGUACGAGGCGGAGCAACAAGCGGGGUCGUGGUGCAAAGACCCUCUCCAGGCAGGAGACAAGGCUUAUUUCAUGCCCUGGACCCCUUACAGAACAGACACACUCAUUGAGUACAACUCGCUCGACGACUUUCAAAACUCCCGACAGACCACGACGUACAAACUCCCCCAUCGGGUCGACGGCACGGGAUUUGUGGUAUACGACGGGGCGGUGUUUUUUAACAAGGAAAGGACACGUAACAUUGUCAAAUUUGACCUGCGGACCAGAAUCAAAAGUGGGGAGGCAAUUAUAAAUAACGCCAAUUAUCAUGACACCUCACCAUACAAGUGGGGCGGGAAAACAGACAUCGAUUUGGCAGUUGACGAAAACGGCCUUUGGGUGAUCUACGCCACCGAGCAGAACAACGGCAUGAUGGUGAUCAGUCAGCUCAACCCCUACACCCUUCGCUUCGAGGCCACCUGGGAGACCACCUACGACAAGCGGUCGGCCUCCAACGCUUUCAUGAUCUGCGGGGUUCUGUAUGUGGUCCGAUCCACGUACGAAGACAACGAGAGCGAAGUCAGUAAGAGCCUCAUCGACUACAUGUACAACACCAAACUGAACCGAGGCGAAUAUGUCGACAUCCACUUCCCCAACCAGUACCAGUACAUCGCCGCUGUGGAAUACAACCCGCGAGACAACCAGCUGUACGUGUGGAAUAACUUCUACAUCCUGCGGUACAAUCUGGUGUUUGGUCCACCUGAUCCAGCUCACGCACCACCUAUCUCAGAGGCAUCCACAACACCCAAGUUACUAAAACCAACAACCACUACAACCACCACUGCUCAACCGAGAGGUCAGGUGACUACAGUUACCACUGCAGGGACCAGAGCUGUUAAUAAGACACCCAAAUCACCAGCUGUACUUCCCCAAACCACCACGCCUCCCUCACUGGAGUCUUUCCCUCCACCUGAGCGCUUCUGCGAGAGCGUAGAGCUCAGGGACAUACUGUGGCCGCAGACGCAGAGGGGCAUGCUGGUGGAACGACCCUGCCCCAAAGGAACUCGAGGCACUGCCUCCUACCUAUGUGUUCUCUCCACUGGGACCUGGAACCCAAAAGGCCCAGAUUUGAGCAACUGCACAUCCCACUGGGUGAAUCAAGUCGCACAAAAGAUCCGGAGCGGGGAAAACGCAGCCAACCUGGCGAACGAGCUGGCCAAACAUACCAAAGGAGCCAUCUUUGCCGGUGACAUUAGCUCUACCAUGAGGCUCAUGGAGCAGCUGGUGGAUAUUCUAGACGCUCAGUUACAGGAACUGCGACCCAGUGAGAAAGACUCCACCGGCCGCAGCUUCAAUAAGCUUCAAAAGCGAGAAAGGACGUGCAGGGCGUAUAUGAAGGCUAUCGUGGAUACAGUCGACAACCUCCUCAGACCGGAGGCUCUGAAAUCAUGGCGAGAUAUGAAGACCACGGAGCAGACGCACGCCGCAACUAUGUUACUGGACACCCUGGAGGAAGGAGCCUUUGUCCUUGCUGACAAUUUAAUGGAACCGGCCAUCGUGAAAGUACCAGCCAGUAAUAUAAUUCUGGAUGUUUACGUGCUGAGCACAGAUGGGCAGGUUCAAGAUUUCAGGUUUCCCCAGAGCGGCAGGAGUGGCAUUUCUAUCCAAUUGUCUUCCAAUAUGGUGAAACUCAACAGUCGUAAUGGUGUUGCCAAGUUGGUUUUUACCCUUUAUAAGAACCUGGGGCAGUUUCUAAGCACAGAGAAUGCGACGAUGAAGCUCGGCCACGAGGCUAAUGGACGCAACCUCUCCGUGGCUGUGAAUUCUGACGUCAUUGCCGCCUCAAUAAACAAAGAAUCCAGUCGUGUAUUUAUAUCGGAGCCUGUGAUUUUCACCCUGGAGCACAUCGACAUGCAACAUUACUAUAACUCCAACUGCUCUUUCUGGAACUACUCCGAGAGAACCAUGAUGGGAUACUGGUCCACUCAGGGCUGCAAACUCAUCCACGCCAAUAAAAGUCACACCACCUGCUCCUGUAGUCAUCUCACCAACUUUGCGGUGCUCAUGGCUCAUCGAGAGCUAUGUUGGCUCAGGAUGGACAAUCACUUCAUCUGGAGUUUCAUCGGACCCGUCACCUUCAUUAUUAUGCUCAAUCUCAUCUUCCUGCUCAUCACGAUGUACAAAAUGAUGAAACACUCUACAUCGCUGAAACCUGAUUCCAGCCGGCUGGAGCACAUCAAGUCGUGGGUCAUGGGCAGCUUUGCUCUGCUGUGUCUCUUGGGCCUGACCUGGUCAUUUGGGUUGUUCUUUAUCAGCGAGUCGUCCGUUGUCUUGGCGUACCUCUUCACCAUCUUCAACACUUUCCAGGGCAUGUUUAUCUUCACCUUCCACUGCCUGCUUCAGAAGAAAGUUCGGAGAGAGUACAGCAAAUGCCUCCGACACACGUACUGCUGUAGCGGGAUCACGACAGAGAGCUCACACAACUCCACAAAGACCUCAACAACACGGACAAGCGCUCGCUAUUCCUCUGGUACUCAGAGUCGAAUCAGAAGAAUGUGGAACGACACAGUCAGAAAACAGUCGGAGUCCUCUUUCAUCUCAGGAGACAUCAACAGCACAUCAACCCUCAACCAAGGAAUGACGGGCAAUUAUCUUCUUACUAACCCUCUUCUGAGACCACAAGGCACUAAUAACCCCUACAACACCUUACUGGCUGAAACUAUCGUAUGUAACACACCAACGGUGCCAGUCUUUCACUCUCCAGUGACCUACAGAGAGACAAGACACUCUGUGACCAGCGGCAGAGAUACGAACACGUUCGGGACUCUACCACUCAACGGUAACUUUAAUAACAGCUACUCACUCCAUAACUACAGCGACGGCGUGCAGGUGGUGGAUUGCGGGCUCAGUCUCAACGACACGGCCUUCGAGAAGAUGAUCAUCUCCGAGCUCGUGCACAACAACCUCAGGGCCGCCGAGUCCCGGAUCAGCACCAAAAAGGGGGCGGGGAUCAGCAGAGGGGAGGAGCCUGUGGUCGCGGAGACGUCGUCCCUGGUGCAGGUGGGUGGGGACAGCGAGAUGGACGGUCUGGGGCUUCACCACACGCAUCCCCGCACGCUCGAAGCCCCCCUCAUCCCCCAGCGGACUCACUCGCUCCUGUACCACACACAGGAGAGAGUGAGGGCCGACACGGACGGAGGGCCUUCGCAUCCCCACAGCUACAUCGGCCAGUUUCCGCCUCCGGCCGAGACCGCCCUGCCCUCCCCCAACAGAGACUCGGUGUACACCAGCAUGCCAAACCUCAGAGACUCGCCAUUCUCGGAGAGCAGUCUAGACGUCGGCCAGGACCUCUCGCCAUCCAAACACAGUCCGAGCGAAGACGUUUACUAUAAAAGCAUGCCCAACCUGGGGUCAGGCCAGCAGCUGCACGCGUAUUAUCAGAUGAGCAGAGACAGUAGCGAGGGCCUCAUCAUCCCCGUCUCUAAAGACACCUGUGUCCCCGAGGGGGACGUACGAGAGGGACAAAUGCAGCUGGUCACAAGCCUUUAAAACGAACUGUAAGCACCGCCCACCAUGUACACAGCCCCGCCUAUCCACCGAUGGCAGAGUGGUCUUCCUUUUUUUUGCCUCCCACAUAACUGCACACAUAAUGGAGAAGUACCGCUGCUGUUCAACGAGUUACAGGCAGGCCCAGACGGAAUCUGCAGACUUUUUAUUGCAUUUUCUGUGCUGAUUUUAGCUGGAAAUUUGCAGUGCAAUGGAUUAAGUUGGUGAAAUGGAUCAUACCAAGCCUUGUUUUUCGGUAAAAUAUCCUUAAAAAAAUGCAUAAAACCUGAUAUUAAUUAAGAUUCCUUUAAUUAUAUUUUUUCUUACCCCACUGGCAAAUUUUAUUAUUAUUAAUAUUAUUAUUGUUGUUGUUGUUACUUAAAUUUUACUGACUUCAAACAGGGUAUAAAUACUUCCCCUUUUCUUACCUUCCCACCUUUUUCCUACCUUUCCCACCACUUGGUGUUCCUGGUCAAAAAUGGUAUACGUUGCCAAAAUGAUCUUAAAAUAAUGUUGUUUUUACUCAAAAACUGAGGUGCAUAAGCCAGGGCUGCCAGAGCUUCAUAACAAAACCAGCCCAACUGCUACUCAAAACUUGCCCAAUUACAUCCAAAUCAAGCUCAAUAGCGGGUUUUCCACGGGGGUCGUACACAGUCAAAAUCACAUUCCAGAGGGGCAGGGGAUUUCGCUUUAGCCCGCGGACUAAAUAAACAACCCGCAGCAACAGUAUAAAAGUAGCCCAGUUCCGCAGGAAAAGUGUGGAUUUGGCAACACUAGCAUAAGCGCAGAUCAAUGAAGCCAACAAUCAUUCAGUUCAGAAACAGAAAAAAGAAAAAAAAACUGUGCUAAAUGCAAGAAAACAAAAAGUU